AUGGCUCGCGGACUGCUACUUUCUGCGUUUGCAGUCCUGACAUGCACUUGCCAGCACGCCUCGGCUCAAUCUGCUCAAAGCCAGGUAGCUGCAUACACAGUCCCGCCAGGCUUUCCCACGUCUCUAUUUCCAGCAUACUACAUCCCGCCGUCACCAACCCAGGAGCCCCAGCCUAUCAUCCACGACGAUGUCCUUGGAUACACCUUCCCGUUAGAGCUGACUGACCCUGCUACCAUUCCUGAGGAGAGUGAUGAUCCCAUUUACUUUCCUGAGCCGAUUGGAGACUUCAAAAAUGGUUCGGCGAUUAUUGCUCAGGCGCGGGCUGAGAUUCAGGAGAUCUUUGCUAGUGGAGGGAGCAAUUGUACCAAGUGUGUGUCGGCGCUGAAGGUUGGACAAUAUGUGGCGCAACGCAUACCCGAACAAGUCCCUGACUUACUGGUCGCUCUGUGUCAGAAGACAAAGUUCAUGUCCAACGAAUCAUGUCGAAUUGAGUACACGGCUGAGGAUUUUGGGUCCAUAUGGACACAGGUCCUUGGACUAGCGAAGAUGGAUGAGGACGGCCAAGCUAUCUGCAAUCGUGUGAGCUCGACGUUCUGUCCCAGGCCCUUCACUAUCGCCUCGGACACUUCAGCAUACUUCGGACCAAAGCCAGAUAAUUGCGAAGCACCAAAGCCCAGUGGGCAACUGGUCAAGGUCUGGCACGGCUCCGACUUCCAUCUUGAUCCACGCUAUGAUGUUGGUAGUGAAGGCAGUUGUACGGAAGGCUUGUGCUGUCGUCCACAGUCCAAGAGCAAGUCAGGAAACUUGACCAGCAGCGCUGCGCUCUAUGGAAACUACAAUUGUGAUGCUCCAUACUAUCUGAUCACGUCUGGACUACAAGCAAUCGGUCCUUUGACCGGCACCACCCACGACAACAAGACAUGCGAUCAUCAAUUUGCAUGGUCGAUAUACACCGGAGAUCUUGUGUCGCACGACGAUCAGAACAUGCUCUCUCGCAACUAUACAAUGUACACAGAGGCCUCUGUCUAUAGCAUGUUGAAGCACUACAUGCCGUCUGGGCCGAUCUUCACAGCACUGGGGAACCACGACACGAAUCCGGACGCUAUCGACAGCCCACACAAUCUUCCUGGCCCGCUUGGUCAACAGCAGAGCUGGAACUUUGACCAUGUGUCUGGGCUCUGGCAACAGAAUAACUGGAUCACGCCGGAGGCGGCCAUGGAAGCGCGGACUCAUUAUGGUGCUUACUCCAUAAACCAUCCAGUAUACUCUAAGCUGCGGAUCAUCACUCUGAACACAGACUUUUGGUACCGCAACAACUUCUUAAACUUCAUCAACACAACAAACCCAGACAACAGCGGCAUUCUGCUCUUCUUAGCACAAGAGCUCGCCUACGCUGAGUCCCACGGCGAGCGCGUCUGGAUCAUCGGCCACGUCCUUACAGGCUGGGAUGGCACAAACCCAGUGCCCAACCCCACAGAUCUCUUCUACCAGAUCGUCGAUCGAUACAGCCCACACGUGAUCGCCAAUAUCUUCUUCGGCCACACGCACGAAGACGAACUCAUGAUCUACUACGCCAACAACGCCACCAAGCAGACAGCAGACACAGCGCAGACCGUAGGCUGGAUCGGACCGAGCAUGACGCCUCUCACCAACGUCAACCCUUCGUUCAGGAUGUACAUGGUCGACACCGGCGACUUCCAAGUUUACGAAGCCUACACCUACUACAUGAACCUCUCCUCGGCUCCAGCCACGGUCCCACAGAUCGAGUCUUCCGGUCCCGUCUGGCAGUUCGAGUACUCCACCAGGGACACCUACACCCCGUACAUCAACAGCUCCUGGCCGAAAGAAGCGCCGCUGAACGCAACGUUCUGGCAUUUGCUGAGUGAGGAGAUGGAGCAGAACACGGAACUGGGAAGUCUGCAGAACACGCUGCAGGGAAGGCAUAGUGUGAAAAGCCCCAACUGUACGAAUAUCGAGUGUGCCGAGGCGCGAGCUUGCUAUAUGCGGUCCGGGAAUGUGGCGUUGGGGAGGAAGUGUCCGCAGGGGUAUGGGAGUGUGCAAAGUGCUUUCUCGCCGCCGAAGAAGUGA